AGCCCAAACCAGGGCCGAGACUCGUUUAAUGGUAUCCACUAAGAAAAUUUCCCAAUUCUCUCUCCUCUGAUCGGUGAAAAGAAAUUUUGAAGAAAAAAAAAAUCCAUCACCGAUCUAAGUUCCCCAAAUUCUGUUCAAAUCGCCGGCGAAAUUUUGAUCUGAAAAUCUAAAAAUGUCGUCCACAUUCAGCGGCGAUGAAACUGCUCCUUUUUUUGGCUUCCUUGGUGCCGCUGCUGCCCUCGUUUUCUCCUGUAUGGGAGCUGCGUAUGGGACGGCUAAGAGCGGUGUUGGUGUGGCGUCGAUGGGAGUGAUGAGGCCGGAGCUGGUGAUGAAAUCGAUCGUUCCCGUUGUUAUGGCUGGCGUUUUGGGUAUUUAUGGUUUGAUUAUUGCGGUUAUUAUCAGUACUGGGAUUAACCCAAAGGCUAAAUCUUAUUACCUUUUCGAUGGCUAUGCUCAUCUUUCCUCUGGCCUUGCUUGUGGUCUUGCUGGUCUCUCCGCCGGCAUGGCUAUUGGGAUCGUCGGCGAUGCUGGCGUUAGAGCCAAUGCCCAACAGCCAAAGCUUUUUGUUGGAAUGAUUCUUAUCCUCAUUUUUGCUGAGGCUUUGGCUCUGUACGGGCUCAUCGUCGGUAUCAUCCUCUCUUCUCGUGCCGGUCAAUCCCGAGCUGAAUAGAGUGCAAUAUUCCAAGACUCGGGAUGUUGCUAGUUGGCAUUACUUGGUUGUUUUGUAUCCGAUUCUUGCUGCUAGCAUGCAGUAUGGAACAUUUUUCUUAAAGUUAUUUUGUACUCGUUCAUUCAUUUUCAUUUGCUGUUUGUAUGAUUAGAACAUAGAUUCGAUUCGAAAUAAAUCGUUUUUUACAUUGUUUCUAUUCUCUAUUUCUGGAAUCUAAUAGUUCAGUGUACUGUAAAGACCAUUAUGUUUUGCUAUUGGCAUUGCAAUAAUGAAGUUUUACUAUCAGCUUCCCCA